AUGUGCUUACAUACGAGAGGAGCGUCACAAUGGGAUGUAUCGAAGACACGAAGUGGUGAUAGAAAAACUGCAACUGAAGUGUCGAAAGAAGCGAAGAGAAACCCAAAGAAGAAUGCUAGUGAUAACGACGGGAAGAAGAAAAGGGAAAAUUUUACCACACAAUUAGUAACUACUGAAACGCAAAAGACCAGCCUUAGCAACGAACGUGAUAGUAACGAAUCAAAACUCAGGAGAACGAACAAUCAUAACAAAAAUUCAAAACCAAAUGGAUUAAACGAAAAAAACCAGCAGUUAGCGAACUCAUUCAUUGCGGAAUUCACCCAGAAAAGCAUAUCAAAGAGUGGAAUAGCAUCAUCUACUUGUAAAAAAAGCGAAUCAGUGAUACGUGAUAACACACUUGAAGAUAUACCGCGUGAUAUGCCAAAAUACGAUUCCUAA